AUGAUCAGGAUUUAUCAUUGUGUUCUUCACCGUUAUUUCCUAUGGCGCUCCAUCUCAUGGUACUUCAUAGCAGCUUCUGCUAUCACCUCCUCAAUGAAAGUUGAUCCCAAACUUUGGACAACUGCUGAGAAACAUCUUUCUGCUGAGAAACUCUUUGAAGCACACCCUCCAACAACUGCAACCUCUUCUCCAGCGCAAUUUGAACCCGAAUGGACGGCCACACAAAGUGCACCGCACAACCUGAAGCGGCCUUCACCCUUCUCGUCUAUCAAUCCAAUGUCAACUUCCUUACAACAUGAGUCUAGGGAGACACAAGCAUCUGCAAAGAAACAAAAGUACAGCCAUCGGAAAAUGUUUACCGCCAGCCCAGAUUUAAUACCCCAGCCCUCUGCAUCCCAUGCUGGAGUUGGUUUGGAUUAUUUUGUCAAAUGA